AUGACCCCUAACUCCCCGGGGCCCGCCUCCUCGCCUGGGGUCCACAGCCCCCGAGCCCUGAGCCCUCGGCAACCUCAGCCCCCGAUCCUGACCCCCUGCCCUCAUCCCCAUACCCUCCCCCGCCCUCAGCCCUCGACCCCCGGGCCCCAACCCCUCAACCACCCGACCCUCAACCCCCGACCCCUCAGCCCCCAACCCCUCAGCCCCCGACCCCGGCCCUCAGCACCCCCGAACCCCGGGCCCUCAGCCCCCGACCCCUCAGCCCCCGACCCCCGGGCCCUCAGACCCCCCAACCCCUCAGCCCCCGACCCCCGGGCCCUCAGCCCUCGACCCCCGGCCCUCAGCCCCCGACCCCCGGGCCCCUACUCCUCAGCCCCCGACCCCCGGCCCUCAGCCCCCGACCCCCGACCCCCAGACCCCGGCCCCUCAGACCCCCUAACCCCUCAGCCCCCGACCCCCAGACCCCGGCCCCUCAGCCCCCGACCCCCGGGCCCUCAGCCCCGACCCCCGGGCCCUCGGCCCCCCGACCCCUCAGCCCCGACCCCCGACCCCUCAGCCCCCGACCCCCGGCCCUCAGACCCCCGACCCCCGACCCCUCAGCCCCCGACCCCCGGCCCUCAGCCCUCGACCCCGGGCCUCAACCCCGACCCCUCAGCCCCCGACCCCCGGCCCCCGACCCCCGGGCCCUCAGGCCCCGACCCCCGGGCCCUCAGGCCCCCGACCCCUCAGCCCCCGACCCCUCAGCCCCUCAGCCCCGGGCCCUCAGCCCCCGACCCCUCAGCCCCUCGACCCCCGGCCCUCAGCCCCCGGCCCCCCGACCCCUCAGCCCCCCGCCGUCCCCCCCCAUCCCCACCGGCCACGGUUGGUGACCCGCCCUGCCCUCGGGAGGCCCGCCGUGCCCGUCUGGCCCCACGUGGCGGCGGCGUCUCCUCCCGUGCCGCCCGCGGCCCAGCGCCCGGGGCCCGGCUCCCCGCUCUCCCCGCGGCCCAGCGCCCGGGCCCGGCUCCCCGCUCUCCCCGCGGCCCAGCGCCCGGGCCCAGCUCCCCGCUCUCCCCGCGGCCCAGCGCCCGGGCCCGGCUCCCCGCUCUCCCCGCGGCCCAGCGCCCGGGCCCGGCCGCCGCCGCCACAGGCCCCGCCCGCGGCCCCCGCGCGCCACCCUUACUUGGGCGGCCCCGCAGCCUCGACGCCUCGACGCCUCUGAGCAGAGCUUCGCCUUUGCGCGGGAGAAAACCCGGUGCCGCCUCGCCCGCGCUCCGCGCUGAUUGGCUGGGAGCUGUGGGCACGCGCGCCGACGCAUUAGCCCCGCCCCGCGGGGGGUGUGGCCAGGACCGCUGCUCUCCAGGCGCAUGCGUGUUCCCACGCUGUGGCCAACCGCAGGGACGCGGUGGGCGGGGCGCUCUCGUGAUGGACACGUCGCCUCACCCCCCCCCCUCCCGGGAGGCGUUUCCGCGGGUCCUGCUCCGAACCGCUGGAGGAAGACGCGUCCAACGCGGUCUCCAUCACCCCGCCUGA